ACAGCUAAAUGUAUUAGUCUAUCAACCAGUAUGUCAUCAGAAGUUCUUGAUUCCCCGUCAAAAGGAAAAAAAAAACUGUUUUUGAAACCUGCAACUAAAGUUGUUUUCUUUCUGCAGUUAAGAAUUUUAAAGGAACUGAAAGAGCUGGCUGAAACUGAUACCGAACUUAUUGUAAAAGAACUUGACCUGUUAGCCAAGCAACUGGCUUGUGCCAUUGUACCUCGAAAUCAAUUUGAUGAUCUUAAACAGUGUCAGCUGGAACUUACUGCUGGGGUAGGAGGUACAGAAGCGAUGCUGUUCACUGGGGAACUUCUUUCUAUGUAUGAAAAAUUUGCAGAACAGUUAGGCCUUCAAUGGACUGUUUUACAGUACGACCCUGUCCAGCUUGGUGGCGUUAGGAGCGCUGUAAUUCUUCUUUCUGGAACCAGUGCGUAUCAGAAUUUUCGUUUUGAAGCGGGUAUUCAUCGUGUUCAGAGGAUUCCCUUGACCGAUAAGACACGGAUGCAUACUAGCACUGCAAGUAUAAUAGUACUUCCAGAGCCAGAAGAAUCUUAUGUCUCUCCGAAAGAUGUUAAAAUGGAAACCAUGAGAGCUUCUGGUCCGGGUGGUCAGAACGUUAACAAACGUGCUACAGCUGUUCGUCUUACUCACAAGGAAACUGGAAUAGUCGUCCACUGUAUGGAUGAGCGCUUUCAACACGUGAAUAUUCAAAUCGCUUAUCGUCGUUUGGCAGCGAUACUUAUGCAGAGGCAACAAGACGCUUUAUAUGAGAAGGUUUCUUCAGCACGGAAACUUCAGAUGGGAUCUAGAGGACGAGCAGAAAAAGUUAGAACGUACAACUUCAAAGAAGACAGGAUAGUCGACCACCGGUUACGCAUGACCGUUCAUGGGAUCGACAGCUUCAUGAAUGCAGGGCCAAAUUUCACGGCGUUCAGCAAUGCGCUCCAAGAGCUUUACCUUCUAGAACAGAUGGAAGGUGUGUUAGACGGGAAUGUUUCCACUUAG